UGACACAAAAGUCCAUGCUAUAGGACUACAAAGCGUUAAAAAAAACUACACAACCCAGCGUGUCUGCUUGCACUUCCGGUUAGUGUGACGUAACGAGUUCAGGGACGCAACUGACUUCACUUGCAAGGUGGUCUCCAGCCACAGCCUCUGAUGCUGCCUACUGUCCUCCGCUGUGUUCGGCCCGUCUCUACCAGUCUCGCCUUAAACCGGCCUCUGGGCCACUUCAGACCACACAUGGACCCGGACCCGAGCCGGCCUGUUGAGAUGUCAAUCAGAACCAAAUUGACUGACACACUCAAGCCAGAACACUUGGAGGUCCACAAUGAGAGCCACAUGCACGCCGUGCCCCCUGGCUCAGAAUCCCAUUUCCGUGUCCUGGUUGUUAGCUCCCAGUUCGAUGGUCUGCCGUUGAUAAAGCGCCACCGUCUGGUUAACGAGGCUCUGAAGGAGGAGCUGAGCAGCUGCGUUCAUGCACUGGCCAUCCAGGCAAAGACUCCCGAGCAGUGGGGAAGUAACCCCUCUCUGGCUAAGAGUCCACCUUGCAUGGGGGGCUCGAAGGGGGAUCACACCGUGGAGGAGAAGCUGAAGGCCGGGCGGGAGUGAAGGGCUGGACUAUGAAGCUGUCCGACUGAGCUGUGAAGAAGGCAGGUUAAAAUAUAGAGAUAUAUGGAUCAAUGUCUUUAAUGUAACUGCAGGCAAGAUUAAUAUUAUAAAAGCCUGGUUCACUACACUGCCCUAGCCUAACUGCAGUAACUACAUUUUUGAGUCAUAAUUGAGUUAUAACUAAAAUCUUAGAAUAGUUGUUAAACACUUUUAUAUACACUGAUAACAAAAUCAAUUUGAGAAUGUUUAUUCACUGAAAACUAAAUAUAAAAGCUGAAAGAAGACAACAACAUUGUAGUUACUGCACUCUGUUUAUCAUUACUAUUAGAACCUUUUACAGCAAAACCAGAGUGCAGUAACUACAUUUUUGGGGUCAAAGGUCAAAUACAUCAUCAUGAUUUUGAGCAUAAAAAUGACAUCAUCAAUACAUGUAGAAAUAAAUGUCACAUCACUGACCUACCACUAACCAAUUUGGCUGUCCAGUUAAAAAACUUUAAAGCAGUUUUUCUCAGUUUUACCCUUUGCGUAGUUACUGCAGUUAGACUUUGUGUAUACAGGUAUUUUGCAUUGAUGUUGAACUAGUACAAUACAGCAGAAACACUGUAAUUCUAUAAUUUGAGGAUUUUCCGUAGCGAUGCUCCCCACAGUUCUUGGUUUCAGUGAUUCCAGAUUAGUGAAGUAAAUGGUCAUUUUAUUGUCAGAAGGGCCCAUAUUGCCCGUACAAUAAUAACACUUUUAAGGACCAGAGGUCGAAGAGUGGAUUGCUACAUUACUGCAAGUUAUUGAAAAUAAACAGUAUUCUAAAAAAAACAACUAAAUACAUUCCUGUGAUUCAUGAUUGAUAAUGUUGUUAACACCAGUGUUAUUGGCAACUGAAAAUGUGUGUGCUGCAGGAUUAUUUACCAUAACUGAAAUUAACAUGGAUGUUUGAUUUGUGCACUGUCUGAUUGAAACACUGAUAUUUUCUGUCAUUUUAGAGACCAAACAACUAAUGAAUUAAUCAAGAUGUAUGAUAUGCCUUUAAUAGGUUAAAAUUGGCCAAUAACAUAUUGCAAACCAUAUAUCUGUCAGACUUUGCAGGACUUUCUGUAAGGCCCAAAUAAUCACAUAAAAUUGUUAAAAGCCAUAUCAUAUACCUUAUUAAAUACAUUUAAGAGUUUUCUCAUUCCAAGACAGACAAUCUUCAGUGUUCCCACACGUCUUGGAAAAACUGG